AUGGCAGACUGGGUCCACUGUAACAACUGCUUUGUUCGACCUGGAGGAGGAAAGAGGUUUUCUUUGACGAACUGUGGCCAUAUAUAUUGUGAAGACUGUGUUCGAGGUAAGUAAAUUAUUAAGAAUAAUGGAAAUAAGCAAAGGGAUCUUUAUGACCACUUUUCUACGGUGCGAUACACUGAAAUUAAAAAUUCGUUUGAGCUAUGUUUGUCGGCAUUUGUCCCUUGGUCCAUGUAAGUUGUCAGGGCUUUAAAUUUUGCACUUAGACGGCGGGUGUUUUUUACAGAGCGCAAUGUAAUUUUUAAGCUUUUAUAUUAUGUAUUAUAAGCUUAUCAACAAAACCCGUUUAUUAGUUCAAUAGGAUGAUAGUCACUCACCGUACAAGCAAGCCCUAAGAACAUCAGAUUAUAGAUCCAUAGAGACAGUUUGCUUAGAGUUUUUAAUUACAAUUCCGUAAGCUCUUUAUUUUACAGUCCCUUUUAAUCGCCUUCAACAAGUUCCUCUGAAAGUUCCUCCCUUUUCCACUGGAAUAGUAUCAGUCCUCGUAGAGCAAACGUUUGCUCAAUGCAUGCGUUUUAUAUUAGGGAGGUGUAACUUCCUGGUGUGUUGCUUUUGAUCUGCAGCAAAUCCAGACCAUUGCUUCUUGUGUAAGAGAACCUGUAACUCAAUCCUUUUGUCAUCUCAGGUAAGGCAAAUUUUUGGCUAGUUUAGGGAGUUUUUGUGGACAUGUCCUUUCAGAACACUGGGGCACCCGAGGGAUUUGUUCCUCAAGGGUAUCUAAAGUGCAGCUGGCUGAGAACAAUAUUUUUUUAACCGCUCCUGGAAAAAAGAUAAUCGCAUCCAGCAGUCAUUUUGCUAAUGCUUAUAAGAACGAGAUCUCUCUAUAAAACCUGGUAAUUAAAAUUCUAGCAAGUUCUAAGACUGCCUCUAAUCCGCUAUUUUUUCAUUCUUUUUUUUUUUCUGCUGGAAAACUAUAAGAAUGCCCUGCUAGGUGUGGGUAAUUUCCAAUCCGCUCAUUCUUUCUGGCUUGUGUGAGUGAGAUACAAGAGAAAUAAUUCUCAGCUCCUGUGUCUCAGCCUUCCCAGAAAACGCUUACAAUGGCUUCCUUAAGUCUCGAAAUUUAUGGUUCAUCCUGGGUAUUAGUUCAUUUUGUCAAAUUAAUCUUGUUAGGGUGCCCCUGCGGAACAUGCAAUAAUAACUACGCUAAACAAAAUAACGUCGAAUUUAAUUUUAAUACACUUAGAUGAAACCCGAAGUUGAGAUGUAUUUUACCGACCCUGCUGUUUUAUCCAAGAAAUAUCAUUCUCAAUUGUCACAGGUGAGUGGAAAAUUUUUAGUGUUUCUUUUAAAUCCACCUGAGUUGCUUCCUAAAGUGUUACAUAAUCAUGUUCCAAAAUUGUUCUAUGAUUAGACGACUGGUUAUUGGAGUUGUCAUCCUUAGUUAGUUUACGGAAGAAAUCAAUGCACUAUGAUAGUUGAGAGGGAAGACAGACUAUUCCUUUUAACACUCAUUUAUAACGGGAUGAAUCAGUAAAUAAAUAAAUAAACAAAAAAAACAAAAUAAAAGAAACUAGUAUUCUAAUUAACACUAGUAACUUCUUAUUACCGGAUUAUAGUUUCAGUUUUUUGAACAGCUUUUUUAGGUCUUUUGGUCUUUCGCUCUUGCUAAAUUUCGAUACGUCUCAGCUAAUUUUUAUGUUAUAGGUUAUUGAGUUUCAGAAGAGUCACCGACAACGCCUGGCAGCAAAUAAUGAUAAAAGGGUAAGUGUACUCAAGACAAUCAUAACCGUCAUCGCCACAAUCAUCAUCAUCAUCAUCAUCAUCAUCAUCAUCAUCAUCAUUGUCAUAAUCGUCAUCAUCAUCAUCAUAUUAAUUUUAAAACACAACGUCAUUAUCACACGGUUCAAAGAUCGAAUAAAAAGGCUAGUUGACAAUUUGAUGUUUUCCCUUCAACGUAAAUCUUUCUCUGACGAUAUGCUUGAACCACCCAAAUAAUUAAGACUGACUGUUGUUCUUUAUGACCUGUGAAAGGUUCUGGCAGCGGAGAAACUCCAGCGGCAGAUGUCGAGAUUACAAGAACUUGAACGGUACGAUCACGUGUCUUUAUGGUUCUCUUUAAAUUUUCAAAAAAUUAUAUAACAGGAGACAGAGGAACCUUAGGAAAGUGCAGUCAAGAGCCUAGCCUGAGUAGGCGCUUGAGAAUUUUGACGGAAGAGAUAAGUGGUGCGCGCAAGUGUGUCCUAUCAGCUCUCAUACACCUGUAGCCUCCUAGAAAGACGUUAUAGGGAUUUUCUUUAGGUUUAACCUAUAAGGUUUGCAUCUGCCCAUUUUGCGAUGUUAUCUACUUUAAUUUAUCAACAUGAAAAUGAUGAAUAAAUGAAUUUCAUAAUAUAUACUUGAAUCGCGGAGUGACGAAAUAAAUGAAAAGAAGAUCAUAGCAGUUAAAGACUCAACUUAUGCAGUUUCGAAAAGAAAGCUAGAAAAUAGAAUCAUUCUUGCCAGGAUUCGAACCCUGAUCUCUAUGACACCGGUGCAGCGCUCUAACCAACUAAUAUAGCAAGCCAACUGGGAGCUGGUCAUUAAUUUGGCAUCUGCCAAUAUUGCGAUGUUGUCUACUUUAAUUAUCGCUGCUAGUGUGUUCAGGGAUAAUUAAGAGUAAUUACUUAAUUGAAUGUUAUGUAAUACAAUGAGAACGCUAAUGUUAAUUUGUUGACCGUCUUUAAUGAAUCGUAUGCUCAUAGGGAAGUUGCAGCCCUGCAGGAAGAGAACUGUCACUUGAAAAGACUUCUAGCUGGUAAUACAAGCCGGCCGAGCACUCCACAUAAUCAUCGAAACUCACCAGGAGCUACUCCCGUGAAAAGAGGUCAGGAGAUUUCUUAAUUAUUGUAUCCUCAGUGCGCAAAACGUUGUUAACAUCCUCCCAGCUUUGUAAACCUUGGCAAUCGUUAUAUAAAAGCCAGAAUAUAAUGAAUAUCAACUGAAAAAGUACUCCUGAAUACUUAAAAUCAUUGCAGGACACACCCCAUCUCCGACCAGCAGCCAGUACUCAGCUGUCUCACCUUAUGGAAGGACUACACCAAACAGGUAAAAUCAUGGCCGGAAUUUCACCCCUUCGAGUCGCAUACAGUCGUGAGUAUGCGACUCGAAGGGAUGUCUGAAAUUCAGGCUAGUAAAAAUAAUUGCUGCUACAAUAGAUCAAGAGGUCUUUGGCCGCCGUUUAGGAAAGUACUAGUUACUACAAUAGAAGAAAGAAAAACUUGUUUUAGUUGGCUGAACCGUUGGUCUUCAAUUCUAAUACCGUUAUAUAGCAAAAGGACCAACAUCAGACAACUCUGAUCGGCUAGGGACGUUUAGACUGACUGAUUACAGGGAUGUGAGUCAUUGUUAUCUGUGACUUGGCUUGAGAACCCUAGCCCUGUGCUUAAUGGGCUUAAACCCAAUAAACACAAUUGACAAAUAUAGGCGAGGUAGCUCUUCGCCUGUAUUUUUAAAAUGUACAUAGCAAGUCAGGGGCGGAUCAGGUUUUUUUAAUGAGUGGGGGGUGGGGAGAGCGGAUGAUACCAAUCGACCGCCAAACUGUCCGUUAAUUUAUUUUAAGUUGUCCUACGUUUGUCCCAGAACACGGCGAAUUAGGAAGGGCGAAGGCUGGUUGGCUUCGCAAGGUUUUAGCGACCCACGUAUUUCUAUAUUUUUGAGGGACCCACGUAUUUCCCUUUGCUUUUCCACGUGUCAUAUUUCUUGGUGGGCUGUUCUAAACCACCUCCGCUCUAGCCUAGACUGUUCACAGUUCUCUAUUCUUCCGUAAGAUCAUCGAGAUCGAGCGCUUUGCGUUAUAGCCGUGACGGUAAGACGCGGUAUAUCUGAACGAUCUCACGAAAAAAUAGGGGACUGCGAACAGUCUACCUCCGCCCCCGCCUCCGGAAUCCGUCCCUGCAAGUUGCUCGAUAUCUAACUUGAGAUUGGGUCGAGACAAAAGUAAAGUAGAAUACUACGUGAGUACUCUGAGACGAAGUCUUGCGUCGAUAAGUAAAUACAGCUAGUGCGUUAUGCGCAAUGCUGGAACGAAUCGUACUGCUGACUAAUUCUUUUUAAUUUUUUACAGCUCGCAAAGGGACAGUAAGGGGUUACACCAGUGGCAGGUAUAAAGGAAUUAGUUUAUUUGCAAAAAUUUACCUUCACUCUUUAUAAGUUGAAGUCAACAAGUAUAAAACACUCUCGUCCGUCUGACAACAUGUUUCGUGUCUUUAGAACCAUAUGCCAUGUACUCCUGCAGGCCCUACUCGGUUGUCUGUUCGGACACCACCUUAUAAUGGCUAUAUGGGUACGUACUCUUUUUUUGUUUCCCAUGAUGAUCAAAGAUUCAUAGACACAAAAAUUGCUUGUUUUAUAUGUAUAUAUCACGUACUCUCCCCCAAACAGGUCAGGAACACGGAUAAGCAACUUCUCAGAUUAAGAGAACAAUACGUACAAGACUUGAGGAUGUCCGAAUGUAGAGUGAUUAAAAAAACAGAAAUGGAAUAACCCUGUUCUAGUGGUCACAGCUGGUCGCCUGCCAAAAAAUCUGACCAGUGCUUUCAUGGUGGGGUAUCGUACAUACCAGGCGGGAUUCAUAGGAUAUUUAUAUCCGGAAAAAACCUAGAGUUUUCAUAGUGUUUGUAAUGUGAUGGAAGGUACAAGGUUUGUUUUGUUAACUACAUUAACUCUUCGGAAAGAAAGAGGCGGUACUAUACCCUAUAUUUCUGCCAGUUCGUUAAGCCAGCAGAUAUGUAUUUUGGAACUUUGGAACUAACAAGUGUCAAUUACUCUAUUCUAGGAACCGUGAGAGGAACACCUUCGCCAAAUAAGCAGCUUUUAUCGCGCCCAGGUUCCGCUGGAGGAACACCUGGUACAGUGCUAAGGUACAAAUUUUCAUUUCUUUGAAUUCACUAAGUUUCUCCGGCCGGCUUUCGAUGCAAUGAGUACAUGAAAACAACAAGCCCCAGAUAGGUGGUAGCAGCUCUCCUAACACUAAAAGCCAAUCAGUUUGCAACCCUAACAGUAAAAUGAAAAUAAUGAUAAACAAUGCUGUGUAAUUGUUUUCUGCGACCAAUGAGGAGACAUCUUACGAGCGGCUGCUACAGUACUGAGAUAGGUACGUGAUACAGUCAUGUGACACUGGUCAGCGGAUACCCUUUUUGACAGCUGUCAAUUGACCAUAACAUGGAUGUCCAUAAGGAUGUCCACUAUCAAGUUAAACACAGAUUGUAUAUGCCUUGAACACCUAGGUAAUUGUAGUAAUGCCCCGUCGUUACAAGAAACUAAUGCCCGCUUAGCAGCCAAUCAGAGCGCGCGUACUAUUGCAGCCAUAUAAUAAAGAAAUGUAAUUCAUGAAUUGAAAUCUAUGUUUGCUGGCCAGGUUAGGCGUCUUUUCAGAAAAUACUUGUUUUCAAAAACAGUCAAACAAAGUCAACGAAUACCAGGAAACAAACUGAGUGGUGACCAGUAUGCGCUCAAGUAACUCAAGAGCCAAAUCAAGAAGGCAUUUUUCUUAUCACAAUAAGAGGAAACUGUUGAGAUAAAGUAUUUUUCCCUAUGUUUUGAAGGACACCUUACGUCAUACGAACAGCCAAAACACCUGGAAGCCAUGAAGCAACCACCCCAUCUGGACUUGGAGCGGCAGGGGUUUCCUCUUCCCCUAUGUCUAUGGGAUCGCCUACUUUGUCGACUAGGUCAGUUCUCAAUGUGACACUCUUUUGAACAAAACUGAGUAUUAUGCCUCAAAUGUUAUGAAGCCGCCGCGUGUUUUAAUGGUAACACAUGUGUUACGUUUUGUUGCGGCUCUACAUCUGAUCGCGUUUGACUGUUUGACUUGGUUCUGCAGUUUGUCCUAAAAAUAAGGACAGACUAUUAGCAAAGAAACAAUUUUGCAAUUUCUUAACAACACAGAAUAAAUAGGCUUACUCAUGACUGAGCACCUUUUUGGUCUCUUGGCCUCAGCUAUAUACAUUUGCGUACCGCGUUGUAAAUUAAUGGUUUGUUUUUGGUUUGGUUUUCUUUUAAGAGAACCUACUUGGUAUUGUUAGUGUCGUUAUGAUGUCUUCAGUUGCCUGAAAUCAGUAUCGGUUUUGGGCCGGCGGAAAGAGUCUCUUAAAUUCAUUUUCAUGGUAAACCUAAGGCUUUUAAAUGUUUAUUUGACGGUUUCUUAAUUCCUUCACUCAGAUCAAGCACACCCAGUAACAGUAGACUGUGUGACAGAUCACAGUACACAACUCCAUCGUCAUCGCAAGGAGAGACGCAGAAAAGUUCUACUCCAAUCCAAAAAGAGCGUUACAGCCGUACGUACACUUCUCUAUAUAUUUUCCCUAUCAUUUGCAUCAGAAUGUCCGCGAUAAUUGAAAACAUGUCACCAGUAGAGUAUCGCACUAAGUAUAAAUAAAAAAAUUCGUACAAAUACAAAAUUUGACGAUUUCAGACUACGCUGUUACUGUGCUCUCACUAUCAAUAAUCAUUUCUGUUGUUUUUAUAUAAAAUUGUAAAACUUAAUGCACUUUAAAUCUUCCUUUCUCCGUUAUACGUUACUUGUAGUUCUUAUGUAAAUGUUUACGUACGCCGCGAGUUAUUUGCAGGUGGUAGUGACCAACUCGAAAGCCUAAGCUCCUUUGGUCACUGAGCAUAUUUCACCUUUGUUGAUUUAUGUGAUUUGUUGUCUUGUUUUUUCUUACUUUUGUUAUGUAUUGUAAUUCAGUGAUUGUAACUCUUAAAAUAGUGCAAAAAAUCUGAAAUCUGUAGAGGGGGCCUAACUGGGAAAUUUUAGCUAAACAGGUUACUAAAAACCAGGUUCUUACUCGAGGGUUUUUCCGUAUAAUAUGUAAUCAUCUUACCACAUCCUGGCAUCCUAAAACUCUUUUUGACAGUCAUUUACUUUUCUUUAGAAGAAGACGAGAUGGUGACGCCUUCGAGUCAACUGGAUCCCUCUAG